CGCGGUGCAGUUACUUGCACGCUGUCGGUUCGACGGGUCUCAGAGAUGAUCGCUGAGCAGUCCUGUGGAGUGUGAGCGUCUGGCUAUGCGUGCUCGCGACGCUAAGACCGUUAAGGUCCAGCGUGGCACAUGAGCAGGAGGGAGAGCUGCAGUGUGUCACCGGCCGCACGUCUGCCCUCGCAGUCCUAGAUUAGCAUCAACGUGCGGAUCGACCUAUCUCAGCAACAGCCAAAGCAAUAGCAACUCGAUCGCGCGCCGUGCCGCCGCUGCAGACCACCUCAAAACAUGCGCUGCCUCAGACUUGUGCUGCUCGCGCCGCUGGCCACCGCAUGGGUCGUCACUCGACCGACGCGACGACCAACGAACCUCGCGGCCAAGAAGAAGUCGCGCAAACUCGAACGGCUGCAGGAGCUCAAGGAGGUGUCGGGCGCGGAGCUCGACGCCACGGAGCAGUGGGCCGCGAACCUCGAAUCACGGUUAGACGCUGCUAUGGACGAUGGUGAUCGGGACGAGAAAGCUUCAAAAGUUUUGGAGCUGUGCAAGGAGGAGAACCGGGAUUUCGACGCCAUCGACGCCGCGGUCAAGGACCUCGCGGCCUUGCCCGCCUACCCGGACAUAGGGUUCCGAGCGCGGGGCGACUGGCGCUUGGUCUGGGCGAAGAGCGACGAGGGCGUCGGCUUCAUCGGUACGGGCCUCCACCGCGUGCCUCUCGCUAAUUUGGAAGACCAGUUCUUGUCGCUCGAAGCCGAUGGGAGCUGCGCGUUGACCGAGGUGAUCCGGGUCAUCGGGCCCUUUCCGAACGUGAAGAAUCUACUUACUGGUACUUCGACGGUCGGUCCCUCGACGCUGCGCUUGACCUACACGAAGGUGAUUGACGGCACAGGGGCUGAAUUAACCUCAUCACAAGCGCGGUCCGUCAAAUUAAGGUUGGCCGCUCUCUCAAAAAGCUUGCUCGUCGUCGCGGCCGCGUCGAUCGACGCGGACGACUGGCUCGUCUUCGAGCGCGAGGACGACUUCGCCGACGCGUUGGAAAGGUUACGCGUGCCGCCGAACACUCCCGAGGACGAAGAGGAGGAUUCGGGAGGGUUCAAGAUGCCGAAGAUGCCGUGGGAUAAGAAGGAAUAGUAGUUACCGUGCCAGUGACCUAGUCCAGGG